AUGGCAUCUAACGAUUCCCUCAACCCCCUCGCCGAGUCGGGGGUUACCGUCCGCUCCGACAGCGAACAGUACUCGCAAGGCGAAGACAUCUCGCCCUCGCCCGACACCUCCUCUCCCGUCAUCCUCUACAAACCGCCCACGGUGUGGUCCCUGCUACGGGGUGCUGCCAUCAACUUGCUACUCCCUUUUAUCAACGGAAUGAUGUUGGGGUUCGGCGAACUGUUUGCCCAUGAGGCCGCCUUUCGGUUAGGAUGGGGAGGGACCAAGGUAUUCCCUACCUCUCGCAGGAGAGCUCACCCCAUCGGCCCGGGCAUCGAGGUGCGGGAGAAGAGCCCACGGUCGCGGACGACCUUGAGUGACCUUACAAGUCUGGAAUGA